AAGAUGGCGUCGGAAGAGCAGUGCUCGGCACCACUUCGAUGGCGGUCGAUAUCCUUAACUCACGUAGAGUAUCCGGCUGGUGAUGUGACGGGACAGGUGCUGGCCUACAUGAGUUUGUUGCCCAUAGCGAUCCUCGUCGGCUUCGUCACUCUGAUCAUCUUCAAGAGAGAACUGCACACGAUCUCUUUUUUUGGGGGGUUGGUAAUGAACGAGGGGCUAAACUGGCUGCUGAAACACAUUGUACAGGAGCCGCGGCCAUGCGGGGGAGGUCACAGUUCACUCACGACAGAGUACGGGAUGCCCUCCAGUCACUCUCAGUUCAUCUGGUUUUUUGUUGUGUACUUUUUUCUUUUUCUUUAUUUAAGAAUGCAUCAGACGAACAAUGCCAGGUGUGUUGAAUUGUUAUGGCGGCAUAUACUGUCCAUCAUUCUACUGGGUGCGGCUCUCUCUGUUUCAUACAGCAGAGUCUACCUCCUGUACCACACCUGGAGUCAGGUUAUUUAUGGGGGUGUUGCCGGUAUGGUGAUGGGAGUGGUAUGGUUUUUUAUCACCCAGGAGGUGCUAACGCCACUCUUUCCCAAGAUAGCAGCCUGGCACAUCUCAGAGUUUUUCCUGGUGAGAGAUACAAGUCUCAUUCCAAACAUUCUGUGGUUUGAAUACACAGUAACCAGAUCAGAGGCCAGAAACAGACAACGAAAGCUGGGAACAAAGCUUCAGUGAUAUGCUGCGAAACCCAAGUGAAAACUGACGGAAAGGACCACGUACACACACACACACACACACACACACUCUCUCAAACACACUGGAGUUUUAUUGUCUGGACUGUUCUGGUUGAUUCGAAAGUGCAAAACGGUGUACUUAUGGACCAAAGGAGCGAGUUUGCAUUCCAGGUUAUCAUACGACCCGACUGUUUGUUGGCACGACAACAUGGCAUUCUCAUCCCCAUCCUUAGACUGCCCCUGUGAUCCUAAUGCAUGCGGACUGUGCUAGACACAAAAACUAUUUAAUGAGAAAUGUAAUAUUUUAUUCAUUAACGAUCACUGGGAAUAUCGUAAUAGUUUGAAUCUGAUGUGAACGGGGAAAAGGUUGAAAGAAAGAUUUACAAUGUGACAGAUCUAUCAGCAUGACGUGACUUUUAUAUAGAUGACACGUUGGAGCAGGGACGGGACACUUAAGGCUGGGAGGUAAUAAACGGGGGAUAAGUGGGGAUGGGGAAUGCACCAACAAAUGCGACAUUGAUAGCAGAAAACGGGUGGGUUUAAGAAAAUAGCUUUUGCUCAUUUGUAUAUUUUAAAAGAAGAUAAAUAUUCAUUAUUGGGUGAAUCUCACAAAAACAUGUCCAGGGCACAUUUCACCUCAAAAAUCGAGAAAUAAAAGAUAAAAUAUUCAUUUAAUUUGCAUAAACAAUUAUUCAUAAUUAUUUAUUUUUUUUGUGACAUUGUUAAAAAAAAUUUACCCAGAAAUCGAGAUAAAAAAAUGUACAAAGAUAUAUUUAUUUUGCAUAAAUCCAUUAUGAUUUUUUUGUGACAUUGUUUAUUUUUUUC